AUGGCAAACGGAAUACAUUUCAACGCUCUGUGCAGAAAAUGGCGCAUCGUCUGCUUGCAUCUGUCACUUCUCCUUUUUCUCAGCCGGCCAGUCGACGCAAAUAUAAGGUAUUCAAUUCCGGAGGAGAUGAAGAAAGGUUCUGUGAUUGGAAACGUAGCACAGGACCUCGGUUUGGAUGUGAAAAGACUUUUGUCCGGGCGGGCCCGCAUCGUGACGGGAGACAGCAAUGAGUACACCAAGCUGCUGCCAAACAAAGGGACUCUGGUGGUCAAUGAGAGAAUCGACCGAGAGCAGCUUUGUGGAGAUAUGACGCCGUGCAGUUUCAGUUUCGAGGUGAUUUUAGAAAACCCAACGGAGCUCCAUCACGUUACUGUUGAAAUUACAGACAUUAACGACCACUCCCCGACGUUCAAAAGAAACAACAUCCAUUUUGAAAUUAGUGAGUCUGCAAAUACUGGUGCUAGAUUUUCUCUGACUAGUGCCGAGGACCCCGACGUGGGUAUGAAUGGUCUGCGUGAAUAUUUUUUGACUGAAAAUAAUUAUUUUGUGUUAAAACAACAUUCGAAUAUAGAUGGCAAAAAAUAUGCGGAGAUGGUUCUCCAAAAGCCGUUAGACAGGGAAACGCUCCCAAAUCUGUCUUUAAAAUUAAUAGCAGUGGACGGUGGAAAUCCACAACGGUCGGGUACGGUUAAUAUUAAUAUUUCUGUACUUGAUGCGAACGACAACGCGCCUGUUUUCAACCAAUCGGUUUACAAGGCCGCCGUCAUGGAGAACGCUGCUCUCGGUAAUUCCGUCAUUAUUGUUAAUGCCACUGACGCAGAUUUUGGGUCUAAUAGCCUUGUAACCUAUCAUUUUUCAGAUAUGGACAGCGGCCUGCAGGAUGUGUUUGCAAUUGAUGAAAAAAGUGGUGUUAUUUCGGUGAAGGGCUCUAUUGAUUUUGAAAAAAAUAAAAAGUUUGAGCUGAGAAUAGACGCAAAAGAUCAAGGGGGUUUGACGGAUUCCUGUAAAGUGGUCGUUGACAUAAUUGAUGUAAAUGACAACGCUCCCACGAUGAGCGUCAUGUCCUUCACAAGUCCUGUGUCAGAGGACUCCCCGCCUGGGACAACAAUUGGUAUCAUCAACGUUAAAGACAUUGACUCGGCUGAAAACGGACAGGUAACAUGUAGAAUCGAGCAAAAUUCGCCUUUCAAAAUAAAAUCUAACUUGAGAAACUAUUAUACGUUGUUAACAGACGCGCCUUUGGAUCGUGAAAGUGUGCCUGAAUAUAACAUCACAAUUGUUGCUGCUGACUCAGGACUUCCAACUCUGUGGACAAAAAAAACUUUUAAUUUGAAAAUCUCGGACAUAAACGACAAUACUCCUAUUUUUUCAAACGCUGUUUACAGCGCGAUUAUCACAGAAAAUAACCAACCUGGUGUUUCGAUUAUGACUGUUAAUGCUAAGGAUCCCGAUGAAAAUCAAAAUGCACGUAUUUCUUAUAUUUUAGAAGAAGCAAGUAUUAGUGGCUCUCGAGUGUCGGACUAUGUUUCCAUAAAUGCAGAAAGUGGAGUGAUCCAUGCAGUCCGAUCAUUUGAUUAUGAGCAAAUUAAACAACUAAACUUAGUGGUCCGAGCUCAGGAUGGAGGCUCCCCUCCCCUAAGCAGCAAUAUGAGCGUGGGAAUCCUGAUACAGGACGCCAAUGACAACGGCCCUCAAGUCCUGUACCCAAUCCAGACAGGUGGCUCUGUGCUGGCCGAAAUGGUGCCUCGCUCUGCAGAGGUGGGCUAUCUAGUGACUAAAGUGGUGGCUGUGGACGUGGACUCUGGACAGAACGCCUGGCUCUCAUAUAAAGUGCACAAAGCUACAGACAGGGCACUGUUUGAAGUGGGCCCUCACAAUGGAGAAAUAAGAACUGUCCGCCAAGUGACUGAUAAAGAUGCUGUCAAACAAAAACUGACUGUUGUAGUAGAGGACAACGGGCAACCGUCUCGUUCAGCUACAGUCAUUGUUAAUGUGGCAGUGGCGGACAACUUCCCUGAAGUGCUCUCAGAAUUCACGGACUUUAGCAUGCAUGACAAGGAGUACGAUGACAAGCUGACUUUUUACUUAGUCUUGGCUUUGGCUGUGGUGUCCUUCCUCUUCAUCACCUGCCUGCUGCUUAUCAUAUCAGUCAAAGUAUACAGGUGGAGACAGUCUCGCAUCUUGUACCACUCCAACCUACCUGUAAUUCCGUAUUAUCCGCCACGCUACUCGGAUACUUUGGGGACGGGGACUCUCCCCCACAUUUACAAUUACGAGGUGUGCAGGACUACUGAUUCCAGGAAAAGUGACAUGAAGGAUAUGCAAGCUAUGAGUCAAAGUUUAGUGAGCGUGGAUGGAGAUGACGCUGAAACAAGCAAGCAUAUACCAGGAAACUUUUCUCAGAGGUCUACAUUGAGUGUUUCGUGA